UCUUCCAAUCCCUGGAAUUUGGGAUUUUUUUAAAUCCACCGGACCCGCUAACUUGCUCUGCUCAGAUCGCCGGAUUGGAUUCAGGUCAGGUUGGCUCUAUACCAAUACCAUGGUUUCCACCACCACAUCCUCCUCUCGUCAUCGUCUUGGCUGCCACCACUCCCCUGUUGAUUUUGCAUCCCAAACACUUGACGGGUGCUUUGACUUUCCUUCCUCAACUUGCAAUUGUGACCAACUAUCUUCUUCCAGUUCGGCAUUGGAGAUGAGCUGUCAGUCUAAUGGCAAUGCCACUGAUGCUCCUCAAUCUUGUAAUAGUUCCGGAGGAUCUUCUUACUUGGGGUAUGUCAAUGGACCAUCAUCAUCAUCAUCGUCGUCGUCAUCUUCAGCAUUUGUCACUGGAUGGAUGUAUGUCAAUGAACAUGGCCAGAUGUGUGGUCCCUACAUUCAACAACAGCUAUAUGAGGGUUUAUCUACUGGUUUCUUGCCUGAUGAUCUCCCUGUCUAUCCCGUCGUUAAUGGUGCCUUGAUAAAUCCUGUACCAUUGAACUACUUUAAGCAGUUUCCUGAUCAUGUUGCCACAGGAUUUGCAUACCUCAAUGCAACCACUACUCCAACUUACUUUAGUUCUUCCAAUAAGGAUUUGGCAACUUAUAGAGAAGAGGGUCCUGCAGUUACUACUCUAUCAGACCCUAGACCAUCAUCACAAGUCAACUACAACUGCUAUGGCUCCAAUCAUCCAACACUAAACUUAGAUUCUGCUUUCAAGUCGAGUGAGGAAGUGACUUGGUUAUAUGAGGAUGACGAGGGCAGGAAACAUGGGCCUCAUUCUCUUCAUCAACUCUAUUCUUGGCAUCGUUAUGGGUACCUACGGGAUUCAGUUAUGAUAUACCAUGCUGAAAACAAGUUUAGACCCACUACAUUGCUAUACAUUAUAAAUGCAUGGAGAGUUGAAAGAGCUGAUGCUGUCUCUGCAUCUGGUGUUAAAACCAAUGAAACUGGCUUAUUGGUGGAUUUCAUAUCUGAUAUUUCUCAAGGAAUUUCUUCUCAGCUGCAUGCUGGUAUAAUGAAAGCAGCUCGUAGGGUUUUGUUGGAUGAAAUAAUUAGUAACAUUAUCUCGGAGUUUAUUACUACAAGAAAAACUCAGAGACAUUUUAUCCUUGAAUCAGUUAGUCAGGCUGUUAAGACUCACUCUCUGGACAGCAAAAUGGUUGAAAGUGCCAGUGGGAUUAAAAAUUGUGUCUCUCCUGAGAGUGCUGCAGUGGACUUGCACAACAGACCUGAUCAGCCAUGUUUCAAUGAGGUUUCUUUACAAUCUUCUUCAAGCAUGAAAUCUGUUGGAGGCAUUGAGAACUUCUGGGGUUCACAUGCUGUUGUCUAUAAGGUGCUUUUUGAUUAUUGCAUGCAAGUCAUGUGGAAUGCUGUCUUUUAUGAUUGUGUAGCAGAGUAUUCCUCUGUCUGGAGGAGGAGAAAACUUUGGUUUGAUCAACCUAAGAUUACUAUGCCUGCUACUGACUGCUGGGAUCAUUGCAAGAAGUCUGCGGAAUUACCUGAUGAGCCUACAUCAUCUAGGAUGGAAUUGUUUGAUUGUGAUGAUGAUUGCCCUCCUGGUUUUGAACCUCCAACAAUAGCAAUAGAUAACUGUGUUGAGAGAUCUCCUGUAUCUUCAUCCACUGUUGGAGGAUUUUCAUCCAAACAAAAUGGUACAGCAUGCUCCUAUAACAUAUGUGAUAACUUGCAAUCCAUUGUGGAAACUGUUGAAAAUGAGCUCCAUUCUUCAAUGAAGGAGUUAAUGGCCAUGUUUGCUGAGACUCUUGUAGAAGGUGAAGCUAGGAAGGUAGUUCCUUCAACAGUUGAUGAUGGAUUGAAUGAGAUUUGUGCUGAAAAGGAAGCCAGUAAAUUAGUUAAUUCAUCAGAAGAAUGCAAAUUGAAUGAGGUCAGUGUUGAGUCUUCCAGUCAGUAUCAUGUGUCUCCAUAUGGUCCUUUGGACAUCUCUGACAAAAUAGGAGUCCUAUCAAAUGGAAUAGCUGAUGGGAGAAGUACAGCUGGUGAUUCUCAAAACCAAUUACAAGCUGGGAAAGUUCUAUAUCAGUCUGUAUCUGAAAAAUCUUCUGCUAGAAAUCAGGAUACUCUAUUUGCAAAUGCAUUUAAGAAAUUGUUUGCAAAUAUAAAGGAUAUAGAAAAUGAUCAAGAAUUUAAUGAACCACCUCCACCUGGGUUUGACAAUAAUUGUAAAGCUCCUAUUCCAGCACAUUGUAAAUUUCGACCUUCUAGGUCAAAUGAGCAUGUUCACAAGAUUGGAAUAUAUGUUGCCAUGGCAAUUUGUCGGCAGAAGCUGCAUGAUUAUGUACUAAGAGAGUGGAAAUCUUUAAUUUUUAAUGCUGGUCUCCAUCAAUUUCUUAAAACUUGGUGCACUUCAAAGAAGCACCGUCAGCCAAAAAUCAAGGAGGAAAGGCCAUGUAUUGCAUAUAAAGAAUGCCCUGGUGAUACUAAUAGUGUACUUGAAAAACUUAGGGAAGGUUCAAGAAAAUAUCAGACUUCUGGCUCUUCUGAAUUAUCUUUAGUGAUUGGUAAAUAUACAUAUUACCGCAAGAAAAAGCUGGUUCACAAGAAGUUAGAAUCUUCCAAGUUUUCUACUCCCGUUGAUCAUGGGUCAACGAAUCAAAUAGUUGACAAUCCUAGGAAACGCAAGGUUUCUAUAGAUAUGGUGGAAAAUGAAGAAUCAGAAACUGUUGCAGUGGCUCCUAAAAAGAUAAGGACAGACAAAAGUCUGACUGAAUCAUCUGUUAUAGCUAGGUCUUUGAAACCCAUUGCUAAAGCUAGUUUGCAUGGUCACCCCUUAUCAUCAAAGAGUGGUCAUCUCUCAUCAUCCAAGAGUGCAAGUCGGCGAAAAGCAGCGAGGGUUGUCACUGCAGAUCAAAAAAAUGAAGUGAAAGAAGGUUGUGUUAAAUCCAGCAGAGAGAAGCUGUCAACCCCUGAGAGCUGUAGUGACACACGGAUUGUUGUUGGGAGGACUGCACAGAAUGUUCGAAAUGAGAAAGAGCUCCCUACUCAUUCCCCCAAUAAGACACUAAAGGCAUCUAAGGUAUCAAAGUUAAAGAGGAAGCAUUUGAGUGAUGGCGAACCAGAACCUCCAUCAAAUUCGACUAAGAUUAUGAAACUAGCUAACAAUGCUACAAAGCAAGCUACUCCUAAACAAGCUGUUGAGAAAAAGACCAAAGCAGUUAGAUCAAGGACAUCAAAUCCCUGCCUCAGAUCAAAUGGAUGUGCACGGGCCUCAAUUGAUGGCUGGGAGUGGCAUAAAUGGUCAUUGAAUGCGAGUCAUGCAGAAAGGGCUCGUGUUAGGGGAAUUCAGUUCAUUCACACCAACUAUCUUGGUUCCAAGGUUAAUAAUACGAUGCAGUGCUUAAGUAACAAAGGCCUUUCUGCAAGAACAAACAGAGUGAAGCUACGUAAUCUGCUUGCUGCUGCAGAGGGUGCUGACCUUGUAAAGGCUACUCAAUUGAAGGCGAGGAAAAAGCGUCUACGUUUCCAACGAAGCAAGAUUCAUGAUUGGGGUCUCAUUGCUUCAGAACCAAUUGAAGCUGAGGAUUUUGUCAUUGAAUACGUUGGAGAAUUAAUUCGUCCCCGGAUAUCUGAUAUACGUGAACGUCAUUAUGAGAAGAUGGGAAUUGGCAGUAGUUAUCUUUUUAGACUUGAUGACGGUUAUGUGGUUGAUGCUACCAAGCGUGGUGGGAUUGCCAGAUUCAUAAAUCAUUCUUGUGAGCCUAACUGCUACACCAAAGUCAUUAGUGUUGAAGGUCAGAAGAAGAUUUUUAUUUAUGCAAAACGACAUAUAGCAGCUGGUGAAGAAAUUACUUAUAAUUACAAGUUUCCUUUGGAGGAGAAAAAGAUUCCCUGCAACUGUGGUUCAAAGAAGUGCCGUGGAUCAUUAAACUAAGGUGCAUAUGUCUGGUAUUUAUUCUCAGAGUUUCCUUUGAAUUUUCUCUGUACUGCAAUUUUGGCAUGCUUAAGUACACAUAAUGACAUCUAGAUGUCUGAAUUUCCUGACUGACUUAUCUUUUUUGUGUUUUAUUGGCAAUUCUCAGGCUCUUUUGUAACACUUUAGAGAUGGCAAGAUGCCACAGGCAUGUAAUUCCUUCUCUCAAUCAUGUUGCUUCAUGUUCUACCCGAUAAAAAUUUACUACAUUU